AAAAUCAAUUUGCAAUGAGCCUGAUCUAUCUACUUUUAGUGUUUUGUGUCUUCUGCUCUUUGUUAGAGCUUGUUCAUUCUCAGAGUUUCCCUUACGUUUCAUUCCUGGGAGAAACUCUAGCCAACCAUUCUUACGUGAACCUUAGUCUAGUAGGAAGUAGUGAGAUUGACAGUGUGAGGUGCCACACUGACCUGUCAACAUGUUGCAGUGCUAGUGAAGGUGUUCAUCGUGGAGACUGGUACUUUCCUGAUGGAGCUAGACUACCAUUCUUUGGUGAUGGAGAUGUAUAUGAGUAUCAUGAAGCCAGAAGAGUUGAUCUCCGUAGUGUAACCUCUGCUAGCUCACCUGCUGGUAUGUAUCGCUGUGAUAUCCCAACUAAUGCUGUUCAUGAUGAUACUGACAUCUCUGUGAGGGAAACUGUCUAUGUUGGGCUAUUCCCCAGUGAAGGAGGCAAGAUGCACACACCAGUCCUGCCACCAGUAUUUUUCAUAGCUCUUGUUAUUCUAAUUAGGUGAAUUAUCUCUUGUCUUGAAUAUGAGCGACAUCAUGAAUGGUCACUUCACCAUCACCUGCAUCUCCUCUGGUGGACCUGCUACUAAUGUUACUUGGACCAGAGACUCUGUCGCUGUCAAUGAAGGAACUGAAACUGUGUUAGAUGAUCCUGUGCUAUCACAGUACACCCACACACUGAGUGGGAAUACUGCGGGAGUGUAUGCAUGCACUGUAUCAAAUAACAAGCCAUCUACUGUUUCAGCAAGCAUAACAGUGGCAGGUGUUCCAUGUCUAACUGGAACAACUGGCAUUGACUGUUCAAAUGCGGUCGAUUGUGGUACAAUUGAACCCCCGGUAAACGGAAC